AAACGACUCAGUUACUCGUUAAACUUGUGUCUGUCGCUCGGAUUUCUGGAUGUAUAAAAGUUAUUUUGUGUAAAAAUAUUCUAAUUUCUUUCCUUUUCUGUUCUACUUCAAUAAUAUAUGGAUCCACGUUAUUCUCAAGCAAACGCUCCUGAUGCAUAUAACGCCUAUUUAUACGCCCAACACAAUGCUGCUGCAUUAAAUCGGAAUCAAGAAUUAUCUGCAAGUGCACCUGAAUUCAUUCCUAAGUUUUCUUCUCCUAUAUCAGGUGAUUGGAACUAUCAGGCACAUCAUCAAGAAUCGUCACAAAACGUUUUUCCUUCGGCACCUCACGCAUUUCCGCAAAACUCACGACCGUUUCCCCAACAACAACAACAACAGCAGCAACAAUCUUAUGCUCAACAACAGCGUCCUCAUUUUCCAGUUUAUCAACAACAACAGCAACAGACGAACCGAAAUUAUCGCCCUGAUUUACUUCAUAAUCACCAAUCAAAUUAUUCCAAUCAUCAUCAGCAGCAACAACAACAACAACAUCACGGGCAGCACUAUUUAAUGAUGAAUCAACAACCUCAUCAAUCAAUGAGUGGCAACUAUCAGCGUCAUAAUGCUGGAAGUGGAAAUAGUGCAAGUUCAAGUGCUGGUGGUGGAGGAGGAGGUGACAAUGGAAUGAUGCAAUCAGGCAGUAGCAUCCAAAAUCGUUUAAACUUUAACAACGCUCAACAACCAGAACAGGUAGUUCAAGAACCAGUGCCUCACAGACAGACGGAAACUGAACAACUUGCGCUGGAUUAUCUGGGUGAAGUGAUUACGAAACUGAAUGAUAAUCCUGGACUCUUUGAGACCUAUCAGAAAAAGCUACGCGAAAUGUUUCUUGAGCUUGCGAGCAAUCACUUUGUGAUGAGUAAUGCAAUUGAAACGAUUUUCGAGCAGUCGGUAAAUGAGCAAAAUUUCCGCUACACCGGUGCACGAUUGUGUUUGCUGCUUGAUAACUUGGAUCUCUCGCCAAACAGCACUUUCCGAGGUUUGCUAGUUAUGAAGAUGGACUUUCAAAAUACAGAACAAGUUCAAUUUAUGAACAAUGAACAAAGACGCGUUCGAGGCAGUACAUUAUUUUUGGCAGAACUAUUUGUGCAAUUGACUAGACCUGAGGACACAAGGAGAGCUGUUGACGUUUCUCAUUAUGUGCUUGAUUCGAUUAUGCUUUUACUUACCAGAGCUGGACCGGAGAACGUAAAAUGCGUUUGUCAAACGCUAAAGCUAGCCGGUUAUGAUUUGCAGAAGGAAAAUCCAACGGAAGUUGAGGAUGCAAUAAAUCAGCUAAGGCACAUUUCCGAGGAGCAGAACAUUGCAACAAAGCGAUUAAUUCAGUCGGUUGUGGAUCUCUUUUAUGAUAAUUGGGGAAGAAAAGAUGAACAAGAAAACCAGCAACCCAAUGCGGUAUCCGAUCUCCAACAAAAUCCACCACAGUACAACGAUAGUCCAGUUUUCUAUGGACCUGACGGUAAAAUCAUCACUGAGGAGGAGUCGUCGUUCUUAAAUUCGAAUAUGCCCGAAAGCUAUCCAAUUAAUAUUGACGAAAUCAUUGAUUUUCUAUUUUCCAGCGAUGAAUCGGAUUACGCUGAUGAAGACGAUGAACCAGAAAUGGAUCUAGAGAUGCAAAUGGCAUAUAAAGAGUUCAUUAAGGAUGGUGGACGAAAAAAGGAUUAAACAAUUAAGAAUGAAAACAAGUGUAAAAUCCGUUUUAAUGAAAAAUAUUUUCGACAGAGUGCACAUAACAGCGACAACAAGUUUAUUUAAAUUUUAAGCUAUAAAAGUUCAUCACGAAGGAGUUAAAAAAACGCCAACAAGCAGAAAAGUGAAGGAAAUCCAACAAAAUUUAUAUAUUUUUCUGAUCUUUUAUUAUUAAUUAUAUAUUUCGUUUCUGUAGCCGAAAAAAAAGGAAAUAAUCAUGGACGAAAGAAUUAUUAUUUUUGGGAUAAAUUCUAUAGACUCGAUGGGUUAAGGUUGUUUGAAGUCAAUGUGUCAUAAGUGAUAGUAAAGUUAGAAAUUUAUUAGUGACAAAAAAAAAACAAAGUAAAAAAAUAACGUAAAAGCUAAGGUGAAAAGUUGUGACACACGCUACUUUUUGACUAUACCCAAAAACAAGAUUUAAAGUUUAUCCACGAGAAAGACAAAAAGGUUUAUUUUAAAACUGUCCAAAUUUUGAUCAAUUAUUAUUUUUUCCUUAAUUUUGUAAAUUUUGUAUCACUAUGUGAAUCGCUUAUAUUUUUCAUGAAACCGAAAAAAAGAAAUAUCACACAAAUUUUCAGUAUAAAACAAUUAAAAAGUUUAAAAAUUUCAAUUCAAAUUAA